GAAACUUCCUCAACAGUCUCGAAACACGCACUCUGUUGAGCUCCUCCUCUCUAUAACCCUUGACGCUCUCCAACUCCUCCUCGUCAACACACGAACAGCUCAGUCUUUACCUGAAGCAAACAUACUGGGAGGAUCCAAAGCCAUGGCGCUGGCUCGUUUGGCCCUCAAGAACAUGCAGCAGAGGCUGGGUUCGGCUUCCUCUGCCCCUUCUCUAUGCAGGGCAAACCAGAUUAGACAUGGGUGGAACAGCAGUGACGAGGCGAUGGUGAUGAAUAGGAGGUUCCUGUCAACAGCGACCGAGAAGGCUUCCGAUGACAAGGAAGUCGCGGUGAGCGAGAAAGGUGACGGCAGGAAGUCCAGGCUCUUCCCCAGGAGGAACCGCAGGAGGAGCCUCUGGAGGAGGAACGAUGAUGCUGACUUCGUCCCUGCUCUUUAUGAGUUCUUUCCUUCAGGGCUCGGCAACGCGCUGAUGCAAGCGACGGAGAACAUAAACAGGCUGUUCGAUAACAUGCACAUAUCGCCAGGGCAACUCAUGGGCCGAGUCAAAGAGAAGGACGACCACUACAAGCUGAGGUACGAGGUCCCGGGGCUGACCAAGGACGACGUGAAGAUCACCGUCCACGACGGGAUCUUGAUGAUCAAGGGCGAGCACAAGAGAGAGGAAGAGGAAGGGUCGGAUGGCGAGUACUGGUCUGCAGAGACGUAUGGGUAUUACAACACGAGCCUAACCCUGCCUGAGGAUGCUAAAGCGGAUGAGAUCAAGGCUGAGUUGAAGGAUGGUGUGCUCACCAUUGUCAUUCCCAGGACUGAGAGGCCCAAGAAGGAUGCUAAGGAAGUGAAAGUCCAAUGAGUGUCCUUUGUUUAUAUGAGUGUGUGAAGCAGGUUCUUAGUGACGUUGUUUGUUUGGUAGACUGAGAAAUCGCUCUUAGGUUUGGCUUCAGCCUUGGUAGUUUUGGCCCUCCUCUCGUUGAUGAGUAGCUUGUUAAUAAAGUUUGUCAGGGUGUGGCAUUGACAGUAUUCAUGUACUAAGAUGAAUCUCUUAAAUUAAAGAACUUUAAACAUAUAAA